AUGCUGUGCUGCGGCCUGGCCUGCGAGCGCUGCAGGUGGAUCCUGCCGCUGCUCCUGCUCAGCGCCAUCGCCUUCGACAUCCUCGCGCUGUCUGGCCGCGGCUGGCUGCAAUCCAGCGACCACAUCCAGACGUCCUCGCUGUGGUGGAGAUGCUUCCAUGAGGGCGGCGGCAGCGGGUCCUACGACAAUGGCUGCCAGAGCCUGAUGGACUUCGCAUGGGGAAGAGCAGCCGCCGCCACGCUCUUCUGUGGCUUUAUCAUCCUGGUGAUCUGCUUCAUCUUGUCCUUCUUUGCCGUCUGUGGACCCCAGAUGCUUGUCUUCCUGAGAGUGAUCGGAGGCCUGCUGGCCCUGGCUGCUGUGUUCCAGAUCAUCUCACUGAUAAUUUACCCUGUGAAGUACACGCAGACCUUUAACCUUCACGCCAACCCGGCUGUCACCUACAUCUAUAACUGGGCCUACGGCUUUGGGUGGGCAGCCACCAUUAUCCUGAUCGGUUGCUCCUUCUUCUUUUGCUGCCUCCCCAACUACCAAGACGACUUUCUGGGCAACGCCAAGCCCAGGUACUUCUACCCACCCGCCUAACAUGGGAGCCGGAGCGGAAGAAAAUCAUCGCUGUCAAAUGGUUUCCAGAGAACGAAACUGUUUCCUCCAGCCUACUUUGUAUCUAUGUUUUGGCAGUGUUCAUAAAAGUAAAUAGUCAGAAAUGCUAAAAUAAUUUAGGA